GCAUUUAAAACUUUAUCAGCAGCCUAGUAGCUAAGACCUCUUAGGAGAAUAAAAGUUCAUAACUUUGUCUCACGCUGCCCUUGACUAGAAUGGUGAGACACAUUUUGAAUGCUAGUGAAAAUGACGACGACAUCACUCUUUUCGGAAGGAAGUUGAUUGUUGUUUCACUAUGUCUAGUAUUGGUGUUUCGACCUUGAAUUUACCUCUUUUCGUAAAGCAAUGAGUAUACGGCAUAAGCCAUGAUGAAGUAGCACUCGGGCGCAUUGUGUGCGCACGUGUCCUUACUCUACACAAUCAAAUAAUAAAUUCUAUAUAUAAUAUAUAAUAAAAGAAGGUAAUGGAUUUUGUAAAGCAGAAAAUUCUCUAUCAAAUGAGCGUGGAAUGGAAUCGUAAAAUCUCAGUUAAGUGCACGGAAAUAAGUUGCAAACGUGUGCCAUUAUUUCUGGGCCACCCGUUAGAAGGUUUUUGAAAACAUACAAUCGGCUGGCUAAUGCAUUUAUUUUUCUCCGGCUUCAAAGCUACAUAAUUUCGGUGGUUCUACCACAGACCGGAUAUGGGUUUAAGAAAAAUGUUAAAAUACCAUACCAGUUUUUCGGGAUUUUUUCGAAAGUAAACGAGUGAUAUCCGACACCAAAAUUAUCACGACUUAAACAUGGUUUAUUCUUUUAGACUCAAAGUAGCACUGAUUACGUGUAAAGAUGUAGUCAACAGAAACAAUUCAAGAAACCCAAUACCAAUUCGAUUUUUGGAUACAAGUUUCGACAUUAGUAAAGGGAAAGACGAACAAAGAUCAAUACGUAAUUUUAUCAGAGAUAUAACGAAUUUUUCAGAUGAAAACUUAAGCUCUGUCGCCCUGAUAAACUUUUGGGUUUCUAGCUGUUAUUCAAAAACCACUUGCAAACUAUGACUAUGUUCGGAUAUUGGUAGCACUUUGUGAUGAAAAAGCUAUACAUUGGGAAACUGCAGCAAUCUCAGAGGUCACAUCUGUAACACUUUCGAAGCGUCUAAAUGCGUCAGUUCAAAGACACCAAGAAACUGUUCAAGGAUCACAAGAACAACAACCGUUACCACCAGUCCCAGCUCUACUUCAGGAGCAACAAGACAAGGUUACCCUCGUCGAGACAUUGCCUUUUCGAAGUCAGAGCAGCACACCAUUAGAAUCGGAUUUUGGAAUUCUGGAAGACUUGUUCAGCUUAUCCGAUGAAACGCAUGCCGACUCUUAUAAAGUUGCAAGAUCCUACGAGACCUUAAGGCAAGGUCUUGUAACAUGUGCUUCAUCUGGGGUUCGCACUUUUAAAAAUCCAACGAAAAAUCAAGUUUUUGGAACGGCGAAGGUUCCAUUUUAG